CUUGGAUCUUUUGUGUUCCUUCUUUUUUCCUUUCUUCUUCUUCUUCUUCUUCUUUUUUUACACAUCUUCUCCUCGUCGAUAAUACUUGUACUAUACAGAACGUCGAGGCAGCUCUGCAUUUCGAAUCCCACUGACCGGAGCCCCCCUCAUUGACGCUUUCCAGGGUAAGUGCUGACAAUGAAUGCUGUCGACAACCGUCUUCCGCCACCCAAUCAAUCGAGGCUUUGCUGGACCGCACCUCGUGCUUGGUCUCACGUACAGAGCGAAAGCUUACGAGCACUUCCUUUUUCUUUUCUUGUACAACAACACAGAGGUUCUGAGAUCCACCACCGCCCCUUUGAGAAUAAAUAUCAUCGCAAGCUAUACUCGACUGAACCACACCGGCCGAUGAAGCAAUCACCACUAGCCUUUCCCACCCACCCAUCCCCAUUUCAUCCCUGUCAAGGUUGCGUCGCCGUCAUCUAUCAUGUCUCCUUGCCAAUCGAUAGACCAAUUCAUGCCCGCCACUGCGGCCAAUCAACUCCGCCAUCGAAGCCACCGCCCAGAUUUGGCCUAGAUCAGGUAGGUAGGUCGGCUACCGAAUCAGCGAACUGGAUUCAUCCGCCUUUGGGCUCGCUGGCAUGGCUGGCUAUGCUCGUUCAAGCCAGCCUUUAAUCCGUGGAUGCAAGAUCUUGAGUCCAUCUUGCUCUCGAUGGCACGUCAGUCCGUGCGCACUCGGGUGAGCUAGGGAUCCGAUGCAGGCCACGUUAGAUAGCUCAACGAAGACCACAUCCUGCGCCAAGCGGGUUAAAUCUCGAUAAUUUUCC